AUGUCCAAAUUAAACUUUACUUUCCUCCUUCCUCUAGUUGUCGCUGUCUGCUUCCUCGCACUGUCCGCUGUCACCUUCGGUGCUGCUAAGCCCGGUCUCUUGGCUGUUCCAGUUCCAUUGGCUUACUCCCCUCCAUUAGCUGCUGGCCCAGUUGCUGCUGCCUAUGGCGCUCCAUUCGCCGCUGCUUACUCUGCCCUCUUCGCCCACACCGCCAAAUAUGCUGUUUACGUCGCUCCCUAUGCCAGCAGCUACUCAUCGCACUCGAUUGCUCACUCCGCCGCUUUCCCUGCCGCCUAUGCCGCCGCACCAGUAGUGGCUGCCUCAGCGCCCGCGGUUGCUGUGCUACGCAAAUAG